AUGACCUACAGGCGCAGCGGGGCGGCCUCGGUGGUGCUGAACGUGGGCGGCGCCCGGUACUCGCUGUCCCGGGAGCUACUGAAGGACUUCCCGCUGCGCCGCGUGAGCCGGCUGCACGGCUGUCGCUCGGAGCGCGACGUGCUCGAGGUGUGCGACGACUACGACCGCGAACGCAACGAGUACUUCUUUGACCGGCACUCGGAGGCCUUCGGCUUCAUCCUGCUCUACGUGCGCGGCCACGGCAAGCUGCGCUUCGCGCCGCGGAUGUGCGAGCUCUCCUUCUACAAUGAGAUGAUCUACUGGGGCCUGGAGGGCGCGCACCUCGAGUACUGUUGCCAGCGCCGCCUCGACGACCGCAUGUCCGACACCUACACCUUCUACACGGCCGAAGAGCCGGGCGCGCUGGGCCGCGACGAGGCGCGAGCCGGCGGUGCCGAGGCGGCCCCCUCCCGGCGCUGGCUGGAGCGCAUGAGGCGGACCUUCGAGGAGCCCACGUCGUCCCUGGCCGCGCAGAUCCUGGCUAGCGUGUCGGUGGUGUUCGUGAUCGUGUCCAUGGUGGUGCUGUGCGCCAGCACACUGCCCGACUGGCGCGCCGCGGCGGCCGACAACCGCAGCCUGGAUGACCGGAGCAGGUACUCCGCCGGCCCUGGGAGGGAGCCCUCCGGGAUAAUUGAAGCUAUCUGCAUAGGUUGGUUCACUGCAGAAUGCAUUGUGAGGUUCAUCGUCUCCAAAAACAAGUGUGAGUUUGUCAAGAGACCCCUGAACAUCAUUGAUUUACUGGCAAUCACGCCGUAUUACAUCUCCGUGUUAAUGACAGUAUUUACGGGCGAGAAUUCUCAACUCCAGAGGGCUGGAGUCACCUUGAGGGUGCUUAGAAUGAUGAGGAUUUUUUGGGUGAUUAAGCUUGCCCGUCACUUCAUUGGUCUUCAGACACUCGGUUUGACUCUCAAACGAUGUUACCGAGAGAUGGUUAUGUUGCUUGUCUUCAUUUGUGUUGCCAUGGCAAUCUUUAGUGCACUUUCUCAGCUUCUUGAACAUGGGUUGGACCUGGAAACAUCCAACAAGGACUUCGCCAGCAUUCCUGCUGCCUGCUGGUGGGUGAUUAUCUCUAUGACUACAGUUGGCUAUGGAGAUAUGUAUCCUAUCACAAUGCCUGGAAGAAUUCUUGGAGGAGUUUGUGUUGUCAGUGGAAUCGUUUUAUUGGCAUUACCUAUCACUUUUAUCUACCAUAGCUUCGUGCAGUGUUAUCAUGAGCUCAAGUUUAGAUCAGCUAGAUAUAGUAGGAGCCUCUCCGCUGAGUUCCUAAAUUAA